AGUCUGUGGUGCGAGUGCGACACGCGACAGUGGAGUUUCGAUUUGGUUGGAAACAAAGAUGGAGACACAUUUUGACAGUCUUCCUGUUGACAUACUGCUUCACCUUUUCAACUACAUGAAUGAAAAAGACUGUUUAACCUUUUCGAUCUCAGGGGUGUCUGACAGAUUUUCAUGUCUAUGGGGAGAAAGAAGAAACCUUUCAAUCCAGCAGUGUUUUUUUGUCACCCAUAAUUCAUUACACACGUAUCUAAGUAGAUGGGUUUGCCCAAAAAUAAUUUCAAGUCUCGAUAUAAGCCACUGUUAUUGGCUGCCAAGUGACUUUUUAUUUGACGUUGUAACUUCAAUGAGUCACUUGGUAGCAUUAAAAAUUCAAGAUACCAAGCUUAACAUGUCACAUCUUUGGCAGAUAUUUAAAAGCUGUCAUCAUAUUGCAAAACUUAGUAUUAGCUUGUCAGAGAACGAUGAACCUAUUUUUGAUCAAAUGAAAGAGUCUGAAUCAUCAUCUCUUCAAACAUUAUCAAAUGGUUUCUCAAAACUGACUCACUUAAAAAUCCUUGCAUUCAAUGGUGCUUAUUAUAUAGACUCUUGGCCUUUAAUCCUGCAGCUAUUAAGUUAUUGCCGAAAAUGUGUGGAUUUGCACCUGGAAAUUGCCUAUAGUGAUUAUGAAUACUUCAUGCAUGGGCCAUUCGGGAAAUGUAAUUAUGAUUAUGCAUUCGUCGAUCGUGCUCGAGACGAAUUUUUUCCAAACUUGAGCUGGAUGGCAUUAUUGAAAAAUUUUGUGAUUUUGAAAAGGGGCGGUUUAUAUACUGAAACUAUAGUAGACGAAUGCGUCGAGGGGCUGGUCAAAUGGGUAUUUUCCUAUUAUGACAUGAACUGUGUUGAGCGCGUUUGGAUAAAAAUUGAAGAUUGUGGAAUCCCGUGUGAUAUGAUCCCUUCAGAAUGUCAACUAAAAUCACUUGUAUGCUAUGUUCAUGGUGAUGAACUGUCAAGUUUUGACGGGGAUGUCGAUGGGCGAUUUGCUAAGUUGGAACACAUCGGCGGUAUGAUUGCGCUACAACACUGGACCGGGUUGCCUAACCUUCGCUACAUUCAUGGCUUUGGCCACAGUGCACAAGAAGUUGACGAAAUGUGUAGAGCACAUCCCAGGUUAGAGUUUUUGCAUUUGGAUGACAGCUAUGUAGAAUAUCCUUUUUGUAUGAAAGCUGACUGGGUGUUGCAUCAUUUAAAGACAUUCGUUUACGUUUGCCUGUAUCCAAUGAAAGAGAUUCUAGAACCAUUUCUGAAAGCCGCUCCUAAUCUUGAAGUGCUUGGUAUUGGUCUUUCGAAUAACACUGCUUUUGGUCCUAAUCCUAGUCCUUACGAUGAACCUCUUGAUUUUUUGAAAAUGAUAUCACGUUGUGGUCGGUUGACUACCAUAACCCUAAACCAGUUUUGUUUGUUCGAAGGAGAUUUAUUUGCGAUAUUCAGUGGCUGCCCAUUACUUCGAAAUCUUCAUAUUUGCGGUGGUCUUACUUGCCCCGAAUCAUUCGACAAUCUUUGUCGGUACUUACCUCUGGCUAAAAAGUUGCGAGAUUUUAGAUUGCAGUACGACUCCAGGUGCGAAGGAGAAAACUCGAAUCGGGCCGUACUGAAUGCUCUUCUCGAUUCUAAAAGACUGGAAAGAAUUGUUCUCUACGAGGAGGACGGCGAGGAGGACGACUCUAAAUUUCCGUGGAAAAGUCAGGAACUUCAAGACGUUCUAUUCAAAUUUGUAAGCAGUAUGCCAGAUCUCGUCUGUUUCUUUUUCUUCACGGCAUCAGAAAUAGAACCAGGAACGGUGGCCAAACUGAAACAGAAAUUUGACGAGUUUAUUAUCCCAAUUCGACCGGCCUUUUGGUGCCAUGUUGAUAGAACCCUUCCCAGAGCAAUGGAUCCCACAGUCCCUCGAAUUCAUUAUGACCAGAUUGUAUGCCCUAUGGAAUACUUGGCUCCCGAAUUUUGAUCGUAUGCUUCAAAUGUACUUAGGUUUUUCAAAUUAUUCAGGUAAAUUUGCGCAUGUUAAUAAUUUGUAUUUUGUGUGGCAACCCCGAUUUUUUGUUUUGUUUUGUUUUUCUUGUUUUGUUUGUUUAGUUGGCUCGUUUAUUGCAGUCACUCAGUUACAACAGAAUACAACAUAGUGUGAAAUAGUCAAAACGCUUUUAGUAAAGAGUGUAAAGACCUACUGUAUGCUUCACUUAAAGGAAAACUGCAACUUUUACCUAUACAUUUGAGAUGAAUAAUGCUACCUAAUUUUGCUUAUAGCCAACCAACAAUACUUUAAAUAUUAUAUAUGUACAGGAUCAUGUCGCUUUGAUGAAAUUAGACAAGAUGACAUUUCAGUCCAAGGUUUAAUCACCACUAUGCAAAAGUAUCUUAAAGAAUAUUAUCAGAUAAGGAUUGUGAAGCUGUUUCAAUUUAGUCUCAUGGAAAGAAGACACUUCACAAGGAUUUCAACCGUUAUCACCUUAGUAAUGGUAAUUUCCAGUUUUCCUUUAGCUCUAGUGAAGCAUACAGCAGUUUGAGAGCUUGAAGACAUCUUGAACAAAAUCAGCAACUCUUAUCAUUCAACUUCCACCCAAUAUACUUAAGUGGAAAUGGAAAUCAUCAAGAAAAUGCUGGGGGACCGCUUCAUCCAAUGACAAUAUAUAGUAACAACAAGUAAAUGGUAUCUCCUGGAAAUCCAGUUGUUGCAAACGAAUAAAGUCAAUGUGUUAGAUAUAGUUCAUUGAUUAUGAAGCUGCCAAUAAUAUUUGUUUCUUUUAAAUCUAUUUAGUCAUCCUUAUUCCAAUGAUUUUGUUUUGGAAUGGUAGGGUAUAGUGGAGAUCCUGUUCCUAAAACUGUUGUCAAUUUGAGCUGAAAUAUCUCUUGCUACCUAUACAGUAUGUU